AUGAUUGAUUCCUGGCAACCUGGAACACAGUACAAUUACGGUGCAAGGGUCCUUUAUGAAGGUGUCCAGUACCAAAUCAUUCAGCCUCACCGAUCCCAGAGUGACUGGACUCCGCCCGCGACACCUGCCCUAUGGGGACGCCUGCAAGACGGCGAUUGCCACCGCAGUCCUCAUCAUGAGAAUUCUGGUCAAUGGGCUGGGGACUGCAAGUCCGAUCCGUGUGCUCCAUCAUGCGACCAACCACCUCCACCACCUCCUCCUCAGCAGCAGCAGCAGCCUUACCACUCUCCUCAAGGCGGCGUUCAAGGGACUCACGGGGAGAGUCAGAAGCACUGGUAUGACAUCGAUGACAAAAAGAAGCAAGAGCUGGAGAUCGGAGGGGGCCUCCUGGCUGGUGUCGGUGCCCUUGCCGCUGGUGUUUAUGCCUACAAUCAACACAGCAAGAAAGGAGAGGAGCAAAGGGCGCAUGCCUGGUCGCAAGGCAACUGGCUCCGUGAUGCGGAGCAACGUACUCAAGCUUUCCGACGCGGAAAUUACCCCGCUCCAGUAGCAUGGAUCCUCACUGAGGGUAAGAACAUCCCACCGGAUGCUAUCGAAGGUGGAUUUGAGCGCGGCGCGCCUUUGUACAUCUGCCGCGCUUACUGUGAGGCAAUGGUCGGAAAGGCAUGCUCUGUUUUCAAAAAAGGAGGUGUGGUUGAUAAAUACGAAAUCCUUGUUGGGAACCCUCAAGCCGUGCGCUGGGUUAACGUUUCUGGCCAAUUCAACUUGGCAGCUCUCGGUGGAUUACGACCUGUCGAAGGUGGCAGGGAGCCCGGAGGUGCUCCCCAGUACAUUGCACAAGCUCCUUACCACGGAGCCGUGCACCCGGGGAAGGCGUGCGAGUCGUUCGGUGAUGGUUGCUUCAUCCCUUACGACUCCACUGAGAAGAAGGUCAAGGAGUACGCGGUGCUUUGCUACAACUGA